AUGGCAUCACCGAGAAUAACGACAUCAAAUCUUCCUCUCCCAACUCGCCUCAUAAACCCUUCCCGCUUGCGCUCCUACAUCCUCCGCCUUCCACUGUUCACGCGCCUAAUUCUCGCCGCCAUUAUCGCUUUCUGGCUUCUCGAACUUCAGACCGUCUGGAGUGUAACUCAAUGGGGCUCGUUAGACCCCAAGGAGGUUGGACUCGGGAGUAUGUACAGAUUCAACACGUUCGCAUUGAUCCAUAUGGGGUUUUGGCAUAUGUUGAUGGAUACUAUGUGUCUCGUGCCUCUGCUGGAAAGGUUUGAAGCCGAGUGGGGGACAUUGAACAGUGUGGCUCUCUUUCUGGGCCCGCUGGGCCAAAUUCCAGCAGGACUCUAUCUCUUACUGGAUGGCGUUAUCCUGAAAGACAACACUCCAGUGCUUGGUGCGAGCAUAUGGGUUUUCCUUCUUCUCUCGGCCGAAGCCGUCAAGACAUACAAGGAGAACCCGUAUAUCGAGAUUUCCGGUCAAAAGAUUCCCACCUGGAUAUGGCCCUUGGCGAUCCUGGUGGUCACCUCCGUUUUGAUCCCAAACACUUCCUUUCUCGGCCAUUUGAGUGGCAGCGUCACCGGUUAUCUCUGGGGCCUAGGUUAUAUUCGUUUCCUUGCCCCUCCGGAGAAAGCCCUUCGCUGGAUCGAAGGAAAACUCAACCUGUUGGGAAGGUUACCGCAUUAUGUCUCCGUGGAUCAGAAAACAUACGGCCGUUAUGGUGUUCUGCCUACAAGCUCGACCAGUGGCCAGGGUGAACAUAUGAAUCCUAUUGGAUUAGGGAACCUCAUUUCAAAACUGCGCAAGGACGACCCGCGACUCCUGCGAGUACCUCCAUAUUUGUCUUUGCUCUGCAUACUCGGUGGUAUUGUUUGGAUCCUCCUCUUGCCCUUCAAUGAGUACUCGCGGCAGACAUACAUCUCCGAAAACGCGCUCUUGCCCGGUCAAGUGCAUACCUACUUUGGUGGAAGCGAACAGAAUGUCUUUCGAGCAUAUCGACAUGAAUUGGCUACGGUUCUGGAGCCUAUCCUGACCUCUACCGACAACUCAACAUUGAAUACAGAAGAGAAACAGACUGCGCAAGACAAGAGAAGUGCGAAGAUACAAGAGCUGUUCCGUAAUGCGGGACUAAAGACGGCGAAACAACGAUACUCCUACACCUCGUCUGGCCGAACAUAUGACGGGGAGAACGUCUAUGCUGUGCUUCAUGCCCCACGGGGAGAUGGCACAGAAGCUAUUGUGCUAGUCGCAGCUCUCAAGAAUAUCGACAAUGUAUCCAAUGUCAACGGUGUACCACUCCUCGUCUCACUGUCAAGAUAUUUCAAGCGAUGGUCCCUUUGGUCCAAAGACAUUAUAUUCCUAGUCACCCCUGACAGUACCGCUGGACCUCAGGCAUGGAUUGAUGCAUACCAUUCAACACAUGAUCCGGACCAUGUUCAAGAUCUACCACUCAAAUCUGGCGCUCUUCAAGGCGCGGUUUGCGUCGACUAUCCGUUCGAACAUCGAUUUGAAACUCUUCAUGUUGCCUACGAUGGCAUUAACGGAGCCCUUCCCAAUCUCGACCUCAUCAAUACAGCUGUUUCCAUUGCAUCGGGACAAAUGGGAAUCCGAACUUCAAUUCAAUUUCAGCACACCUACACCCAACAUGACAGUCGAAGCUCUUACCCCGCUCGCCUUCAAACACUUGUGCGUGGCAUGUCAUCUCAGGCUUUGGGUCUUGCUUCUGGCCCUCACUCUAGCUUUAUGACUUACCACAUUGAUGCCAUCACUUUGACUGCGAUCGAUCAAGGUUGGCAAGAUGAAAUGGCCUUUGGAAGGACAAUUGAAAGCAUUUGCCGAAGUCUUAACAAUCUACUGGAGAAGCUUCAUCAAAGCUUUUUCUUCUACUUGUUGAUGCAGUCCAAUCGAUUUGUGAGUAUUGGCUCUUACCUUCCCAGUGCCAUGACUUUAGCUGCGGCUUAUACUAUCAUGGCAAUUUACCUCUGGGUGUUGAGCGGCUACCAAAUAGUCGAGAAGACAACAGUCGUCUCUCGUGAGCCAGUGGGAAAUGGUUCGACGGAAAAGACGACCUCCCCCCAAGCGCGGACACCAUCAUCCGUCAAGAGCCCGUCAAGGAUCGAAUUCAAACCAAUCGACAGGCAACUUGUCUUUCCAGUUGCACUGUUGACUACAAUUCAUUUGGCGUCAUUCAUCCCGUUAUAUCUCCUAAGGUCGUUAUGCCUGGGAGCUAUGCCUUCGACAUUUACCCUGCUGACAAUAUUUCUCUUGGUCGCGCCUAUCAUCCUUGCAUCAGCAUUUGCAGAGAUGCCCAACAAUACUACUCUCCCCGCACUUUCUGCACCCACGAAUGAACAAUACCUUCUCAUCAAAUCGCUAAGUUUAUUGUUGCUGGGCCUAUUCUUGACAGUCCUUGCCACUUUGAACUUCAGUCUCAGCAUGUUCCUCGGUAUCAUCUGUAUGCCGCUUGCCUUUAUGGGCCGAACUCCUAGCAGAAAUGCGUUGGCAUUCCUUCAAUAUUUGAUUCUUGUCAUUAUGAGUCCAAUGGGCCUAGCGGCUGGAUUUGGUGGAUAUGCCUUCCUUGUCCUGGGGAGAGAUAACGCAUUGAUGGACCGGUUAGAACAGUUUGCCUUUGGUUGGAAUGUAUGGGGUAGUUGGAGCGUGCCCAUUGGCGUUUUAUGCAUCUGGUUACCGGCGUGGACUGUUGGAGCAACGUUGGUUGCGAGCUCAUGGUUCACUAGUUCGAUUGUGCCAACGACAGAAGUUGCCGCGGAUCCAAAGUCUCCAUCGCAGGGAAAAUGA